CAAUGGAUGGAAUUAAUCAUGCGGCGCACACGAGGCGAACGAUCCAUUUUUGAAGAAUUUAAGCAAAUGAAUUGAAAAACUCUAAUGUUUCUUUGAUACAUGGAUUUAAAUAUGUUGUUAUACUUACAUAAGAUUCAAAUACCUUAAUUAAAACUAAUCGUUCUUUAAAUUUACUCAGGUUGUUCAUACUAAUAAAUUUCAAAAAGAAGGCAAUCAUUAUUUUUAAGAACAAAAAAGGAAGCAAAGCAAAUACAGCCGACAAUGAAUAUAUAAAUUUCCCUAUAUUCGAACAAGACGAAUUAGAUGUGGUAUACAUGUGUAAUACAAUGGAUGGAAUUAAUCAUGCGGCGCACACGAGGCGAACGAUCCAUUUUUGAAGAAUUUAAGCAAAUGUAUUUUUUAAAAACUCUAAUGAAUUAUAAAUAAGGAACCUAAUGUUUCUUUUUUUUAGACAAAGGUUGGUGUAGGUUGACGUGACGUGUAUCAUAUACAUUGUAUCUUGGUGUCAUUGUACCAAGAUAUACAAUACCCUGUCGGAUGAUUUUGCCUGUGUCAAGGUGGCAUUUUAAAACACAUCUAAGAGACAAUUCCUUAAAAUCGAUAAACCAUGGUCUAAAGAUAUAAACAGUCAUAAAGUCUUAGAUAAACCACUUGUUAAGUAUUUAGUUUGUCGUAUCUGUUAGAUAAGAAAUAUACCUUUGAUUUUCGUUCAGUAAUAAUUAAUUCCUAAUUCAAAGAACUAAUGUAUUUCAACAAAGCCAAAAAAACCGCAUACAAGCAAACAAUUGCUGGAAUUUUAAAAAAAAAAAUUCAUUUAAAACCAAUGAAAAGUUUAUAUCAGUUAAGUUGCUUGAAAAUUUUGUUUUCGGAAAAGUUUGUCUUAGAUCAGAUGCAGUUCAAAUCCGUUUGAAUUUUUGUUCUUAUCUUUAGGUAAGACGACACAAUCAUAUCUAGUGUACUUGCAUGCAAUGAGAGGUAAAAUUUUUAAAAUGCCACUAGAUCAAACUUUGAAAUUUAUCGAUUUUCGAUUAAUGUCACUCCGCCUUUCGUCGAUAAUUUAUUUUCUUUCAUGUUUGCUUUCAAUGCUUCAUUCGAUUGUAGUGCCGUUACUCCGAGCUACCAAAAAUUGUUUAUGUAUUGCCGCUGUGGGAAUAUUUUGACGGACUGUAAGCUAUCAUUGACAAGGACUAGAGGGGCUGAUUUUAAUAACCAUACUGCAAACUUUAUCUACGAAAAAUACAAGUAUUGUAUUAAUAAGGGCCAUGCAAUGUGCAUAUUCAAGAAUGUACACUGUACAAUGUUUUAUUGACUGAUGUUUAAAAUGGAAUUGGGAUCGAAGACACCACAAAAAGAUAUCCUGAGAUGUUUAAUUUGCUCUGAAUUUUAUGAAGACCCAAAAACUUUGCCAUGCCUACAUACGUUCUGCAAGAAAUGUCUCCUUAAAGAUAUUCAGAAGAAACCAACUGACCUUCCAACGAAAUGUCCAGUUUGUCAAGAAACAUUUGAUGGAGCCCCGGAAGAUAUAGAUAAUAAUGUCGUUUUGCAAAACUGGGUGAAGUUUUUCAAAGAUAAGGCUAAAGAUCUGGUAAAUCCGAUUUGUGCAGUUUGCAAACUUAGACUGCAAAAAAACAUAGCUGCAGCUACACAGUGCAUUAGUUGUAUAGAUUUUUUGUGUGAAGCAUGUUCUAAAAUUCACACUUAUACAACUUCAACGAUCAAUCAUCGGGUGUUGUCUCUGACAGAAAUAAAAACAGGGAAGUAUGAUUACGCUAUGUUUAUGGUCAAGUUCAAAAGAGCCUUUUGCCCCAAUCAUUCUGAACAGAAAUAUAAGUUCUAUUGUAAACCAUGUCAUAUUUUGACAUGUUAUCAGUGCAUUCUUCUUGGGCAUAAUGGGCAUGAUCUGAAGAGUUUGGAUGACUUAAAAGAAGAAAAGUUAAGCGCUACAAAGAAAGUUUGCGAAAAAUUAAAAGAAAAGUUGAACACGUUAAACCAAAGCAAAAAAUCAAUGAAAUCCAAAGAAGACCAACUUAAAACACAGAAGACAACACUAGAGAGACAAAUAACAAAGAAGUGUUCCGAAGCCGUAAGUAGAAUUCAUAAAAGAGGAAACCAGGUGAAAAUGGACCUAGACAACUUUUAUGUACCAAAGUUGAAAGAUCUUGAAACCGUGGUCAACAAAAUGACUUUUCAAUGUGAAAUCAUAGAACAAGCUUUACAAUACGCAGAAUUUGUGUGCAAUGGUGCGAACGAUGAGAUAAUCCUCUCAUUAGAUGAACUCAAAGAGAGACUUGAAAACCUUGCUAAAUGUGAUGAUGACGCAGGUUACAAAGGUUUGUAUUCUUAUUUAACCACAGAAACGCCAAACUUUACCUUGAAGAUAAAUGAGCCUUAUUUAAACUUGUUGCUAGAUAAUGAACAAACCUUUUCGAAAGAAAUUGAAGAAAAGGGCGGAAAAUCAUAUUCAAAAGAAGAUAAUUCGUCUGAUUUUGUUUGCUUAACAGAUAAAACCACACAAACAUUAGAAGAAGAUUUUAAAAAAAAUAAUGAAAAAAGGGAUACCAUGAAAAUAAAAUGUAAAAUCAAUAAAAUGAAAUCUGUAGACUUGACAGAAGAUGAUGACACACAUAAGCCUUAUUUUACGGGCGUUGCAUGGAUUGCUGAAAAUGAAUUCGUAGCCGUAGAUGCAGGAAAUGCAAAAAUAAAGAUAUAUUCGCUUUUGUCUGGAAAUAUAUUGAAAAAAGUUAAAAUUGCUGAACCAUUGGCAGUUUCUGUUUGGGAUGAAGGUAUUGCGUGUUUAUCGAAAGAUAACAAAUUGACGACUCUAACACGUGACCUACGCCCACAGCAAAUUUUCCCCAAUGUGUCAAGUAUAUUUUCAUCUCUUCCCAGUUUGAACCAACUAACUUGGAUAGAAAACACGACUAUUUUUAUUCGAAAGAAGGACACAUUUACAAAAAUUCCUCUAGAUGUGAAAUCAACUCAACCAAUCUUUAUUCGAUACGCUUGCUGUCUUCCGAGUGGCCUUUUUGUUAUUUCUGAUAAAACAAAUACAUGUGUUCAUUUAAUUGACACACAUGGCAAGAUUUUCAGGACACUCUGUUGCAAUCCUGGAUCAAUAACCUUUGACAAAUAUUACAAUAUAUUCGUAACAUUUUUCGAUACCGCCUCAAUUUGGGUUUACGAUAUCGAUGGAACCUACAUUACAGAUUUGAACUUAGAUGAAAGACCAAGAAGCAUAUCAAUUCUGCACGACAAGCUACUUGUUGCCGUUGAGCGUGGAUGUAAAGUAUAUGUAUAUGAUAUUACUUAUAAAUGAACAUUAAGUCAAUAGCAUUAUUUAGUUCUUUGUCUCAUCUCGUUAUUGUGGUGCAUUUAGGCAAUUAAUGUAUUUAAGCAAAUAUUUGUCAUGAUUUAAGGACCCUGAAUAGUCAACAAAUUACCAGUAUAUCUACUUAAAAUGUCAAAAUAUGAUUUGUUAACCAUAA